UUCUGUCUUCCAUUUUUUCCCUCUUAUCUGCGGCUAGGGUUUUAGCUCAGUCUUCUCCUCACAAGAUGAAUGUAGAAAAGUUGCAAAAGAUGGCCGGUUCGGUUAGAACCGGUGGAAAGGGUACCAUGAGAAGAAAGAAGAAAGCCGUACACAAGACAACUACAACCGAUGACAAAAGACUACAGAGCACGUUGAAAAGAAUAGGUGUCAAUGCCAUUCCUGCUAUUGAAGAAGUCAACAUUUUCAAAGAGGAUGUUGUUAUCCAAUUCAGUAACCCCAAAGUUCAAGCAUCAAUUGCUGCAAAUACAUGGGUUGUCAGUGGAACCCCCCAGACAAAGAAAUUGCAGGAUAUUCUUCCUCAAAUUAUUCACCAGCUGGGUCCUGAUAAUUUGGAGAAUUUGAAGAAGUUGGCUGAGCAGUUCCAGAAGCAGGUACCUGGUGCUGCAGAUGCGGCUGCAGGUGCUGUUGCAGCACAGGAAGAUGAUGAUGAUGUACCAGAACUUGUGGCUGGUGAAACUUUUGAAGCUGCCGCUGAGGAGGGCCACACUUCCUGAAGUUUUAAAACCAAAAGGAAGACUCCAAUGUUUAUUUUUCAAAGAAUUCCGUUGAUCACAAGAAAGGCAAGUGUUUUUCCUGCUAAUGGAGCAAGGUUUGGAAGGUAAUUAAUAAGUACGUUACAAUCCAUUUGUUCAACGUUUAGUACACAGCAAACAAGUAUUAGCAAUAUGGCUUAUGACUAUUGACAAGAUUAUCAAUUAGUAUCAUUUAGCAGAUGAAAAAAGUACUUUGUACUAGUUACAAUUAGUUGUUGCAAUAACCUACUUGCAUCCAACAAGCUCAUGAGGCACUUAGAGAUCACAUAAAAUUUUGAAUACUGCUUGAACUCAUUUAGCCACAUUUUUAGUUUGUGUCAAUUAGCAUAACUGAAACUGGUCUACUACACA